AUGGCCCCUCCGCUUGCAAACGACCCGUGGCUGGCUGGAAGACACUUCGGUAUCGUUAUCGACGCUGGUUCGUCAGGUUCCAGGCUGCAAGUAUACAGCUGGAGAGACCCUCGCUCCCUCAACAUCCCCAAAGGAAGUCCGCUCGCGUCGAAGCUUCCAAAAGUCGAGAAAGGGACAAAGGACGAUGACCUAUGGGUGACGAAGGUUGAGCCUGGCUUGUCGUCCCUGGAGAACGACCCGGAGGCCGUCGGAACGUACCUGCGCCCACUGCUUAGCCAUGCCCGCGACCUUAUCCCACCUUCACUCCACAAGGACACCCCGCUCUUCCUGCUUGCGACGGCUGGUAUGCGCUUGCUAUCACCGAAGAAGCAGGCUCAGAUACUGCGAGAGACGUGUCGUUUUCUCGUCACUCAUUCCAAUUUCAAAAUAGACGAGCCCUCCGACAUCGGACCCUGUGGUUCCAGCGUCCGGAUAAUAACCGGAGAGGAAGAAGGUUUAUUUGGGUGGAUUGCCGUCAACUAUCUUAUGGACGGGUUCUCGGCGUCCAGUCAGGACAGGACGACGUAUGGGUUUCUGGACAUGGGCGGGGCAUCAACCCAAAUUGCAUUUGAACCAAGCAAGAAGCAUCAAGACGGGACGAAGGACCUCAUCGACGUCCGUUUGCGACUGCUCGGAGGCGAAGAAAUACACCACAAAGUCUUCGUGACUACGUGGUUGGGCUAUGGUACGAACCAGGCUCGAGAGCGCUACGUUGGAGCGGCUAUCACGAAGUACGACACCGCUCGAGCGGCGGAUGACCGCGACGAUGACCGCGACGAUGAAGAGCACCACAUUGUUCCUGAUCCUUGUCUCCCAAAGGGUCUCAUGCUCACAGAAUCACCCGUCCACGCCACCAACCCAGAGACAAAACACCUCAUGAAGUCACACAAGUUGCUUGGAACGGGAUCUUUUGAGCAAUGCAUGAAAAGGACGGCCCCGCUGCUGAACAGCAGUAAACCUUGUCCAGACACCCCCUGCCUGAUGAAUGGCGUCCAUGUACCACCAAUAGACUUCUCCGUCUCCCAUUUCAUUGGCGUUUCAGAAUACUGGUACUCAUCUGAACACAUUUUCGACCUUGGCGGCGCGUACGACUAUGUCCAAUACGAGCGCGCUGCCUCCAACUUCUGCUCCAGAGACUGGGCGGGCAUUCUCAAGGAGCAUGAAGAGUCGCGGGUGCAGCACCGGCUGGGUGGAGACGGCGAGGUGGAGGAGGGCGGGAAGGUCGUGGCGGCCGGCCAGUGGGGUCCGCAGGUCGAGCUGCCCCGACUACAGAUGCAGUGCUUCAAGGCUGCGUGGAUUGCCAACGUUCUCCACGAAGGCAUCAAGAUGCCGCGAAUCGUGGACCCAGGCGGCAAUUCGACCUCGGACGACGGUGAUAAGGUCGAAGAGGAGGCGGCGAAGAAAGGCCUAGGACGGCCAACCUUCCAGUCCAUGGACUCGGUCGGGGACAUUGCGAUCAGCUGGACCCUUGGCAAGAUGGUUCUCGAAGCGAGCAAGGAGGUCCCUCCGCUCGUCAAAGCUGCAAAACCGAUACUGGACCCCAUUGAUGAUAUUGAGAACCCGGAUGAAUUCCCUAUCAAGCCGAUUCGACCGCCUUUCCUUUCGUUGGAUGGGCUCGAAGAGAGGAUAACACCUCAUUUGCCGUCGUCGCUGAGCAGAAAUUCUUUGGGUUUCUCGCCCGUCCUGUUCCUCCUCUACCUCACAAUCUUUGUCCUGCUCAUCAUUGCCUGCCCUAUGCGAAGAGUACUCCGAGCAUCGUGCCUUCGCUCAGUCCGGAGCCUCACCAAACGCGACACCAUGUACGGCGACAUGGAGGAAGGCAACUCCAAGCUGGGCAACGGCCGGCCUCCUUCACCCACGUCGGCGACGUUCGGCGGACGCUGGCUCUACCCCGUUCGACGCGUUUUCUUUGGCAACAGCCGCCCAACACCCAGGUCACCUCUGUCAGUGGUAACUUCGAACAAACCCAUCCUUCGACAUAUGAUGCCUAAUGGAAGUGGGCUAGCCAACGCCAACGGCAGCGUGCGCGCCUCGCCCACGCGUUCGUUUACGCUCCCUACCGGGGGUUUCGCAGCUACGGCGAGCACAACUCAGUAUAUCUCUCGGUCGCCCUCCCCCGGCCCGAGCUUUGAUGAUGCAAGCUUGGUACCUGGGCAGAUGCAGGCGCAGGCUUCUCUGAUGACGUCGCGCUCAAGGAAUGCAAGCCAGAUUAAUUUGUCGAGCAUGGCGCCCCGCCCUGGGGCUAUUUCGCGUGCGAGCAGCUCGUAUCACGUUAAUGGGAUGGAGAUGGAGUGA